UCAAAGUAACUCGUUGAAUAGCAAAUUCAUUGGAUGUGUUUUGAGCGCAGAUUCUAAUAAAAAAAAUUUAUUAGUCAUAAAAACAUUUCCUAGUGAACAGAAAUUACUCAAAUAUGUGCAAAAUCACAUCUAAACAGCUGCUCGCAAUUUUCGGGCUCACUCUUUUCUCGGCCUAUUUCGUUUCGGUCAGUAAGGCUACUCCACAAUGCGCCUACAAGUGUUCAAAUGAUGAAGAUGUCGUCUGGAGUACAGACGAAGAUGGUCUGGAAUGUGAAGUGUUUCGAAAUGGUUGUCAUUUGCUAAGUGAGAAUUGUCAGCGUGAAAAUAGUAAAAAGUUGCAUGAAAUUUCGAAAGAGGAGUGCCAAAAAAAGUGUAGGACUGUAUGUACUUUGGAAAGUGAACCGCUAUGUGGCGAGUACAAUGGCAACCAACGCAACUUUUCGAAUAAUUGCGAUAUGAAGAACUACAUUUGUCGUACUGGCGAAACGUACGUUUCGUAUACUCUAGGGGCAUGCAAGUGAGCAGUUGGUGGUGUAAGCUGAAUUCGAAUAAGGCAAUAAGAGUAAUUUAUUUAAGCAAAUAUAAAGCUUCGUUUAAUGGAUUUCAUUAGAGGACGACUGAACGUCGAUCUUGGAGGCCGAGUCGUACCGAAAUCGAACAAAACUUUUGCGUACGGACGUCGCUAAAGCCUAAGCCGAAGCUCAGUCGUGCUCUAGUUUUAAUCCUUCUGCCACUCGUAGACACUUUCCUGUCUUGCAAUAUUUAUUUAUCAUUUUUAAAUUUUUAUAUGUACAUACCCUUGAAGCAACGAUUAAAAUGUAUUUUAUUACAAAGUGA